UGGAGCUGUAUGGGCUCGGUAUGGAGCUGUAUGGUUCCAGUAUGGAGCUCUAUGGUUCCGCUAUGGAGCUGUAUGGGUCCAGUAUGGAGCUGUAUGGGCCCAGUAUGGAGCUCUAUGGUUCCGGUAUGGAGCUGUAUGGUUCCAGUGUGGAGCUAUAUGGGCCCAGUGUGGAGCUCUAUGGUCCCAGUAUGGAGCUAUAUGGUCCCAGUAUGGAGCUACAUGGUCCCGGUAUGGGGCUAUAUCGUCCCAGUAUGGGGCUAUAGGGUGCUGGGCAGUAUGGCUGUGGCUCCCUCCCCCCUGUGCCCCCAGCCUGCCCCCCCGGGACCUUCGGGCUGCAGUGUGACCAGCUCUGCCGCUGCCCCCCACAACGCCACCUGCCACCCCGCCAGUGGGACGUGCCCCUGCGCCCCCGGCAGGAUCGGGCCCCACUGCGAUGCUGGCACCCCCGAGCAGCCCUACACCAUCGUGCCCGCCCCGCCGGCAGCCUACAGCUCCCUGGGGCUGGUGCUCAGCCUGGUGGCCCUGGUGGCCUUGCUGGUGGCCGUGGUGGCCGUGGCGCUGUGCUACCAUCACCGGCGGAAGGGGAAGGCCAGCCGGCACCUGGCCGUGGCGUACACGGCGGGCCCGACCGACACCUCCGACUACGUGGUGCCAGACGUGCCACCGAGCCACCACGCGCACUACUACUCCAACCCCAGCUACCACACGCUGUCCCAGUGCACGCUGCCACCCCCCGGCUCCGGCGCCCAGGACAGAGCCAGCUCCCUCAAGGCGCCCAGCACCCCGCUCUUCCCCGGCGCUGAGAGACCCCAUGGCCCCGAAGGACACGUCACGCUGCCCCCCGGCUGGAAGCACCUGGGGGCACCGGCCCUGGGCCCCAGGGGGGGGCAGCUGGACCGGAGCUACAGCUACAGCUGCAGCCUGGGGGAAGCAGGAGGGCAAAGCCCCCCAACUACUUCUCCCCCAGCCCACCCCUCGGAGGGGCUGGGGGCCAGCGCCAGCUCCCUGGCCAGCGAGAACCCCUACGCCACCAUCAAGGAGCUGCCCCCCCCCACCGCCAGGACCCCCGAGGGCAGCUACAUGGAGAUGAAAUCCCCGGUGCGGAGGGAGAUGUCCUACGCCGAGAUCGGGGACCUGGAGGAGCCACCCCAGGAGGAGCUGCCCCGAGGGGGCCGAAGGCGUCACCCCCCGCCGCCCCCCCCCAGCCAUUACGACUCCCCCAAGAACAGCCACGUCCCCAGCCACUACGACGUGCCCCCCGCCCGCCACUACCCCCCGUCCCCGCCGCUGCGCAGGAAGGACCGCUGA